UAGAUUCUCCGAUUCGGGAAGCCAUUGCAAACGAGGUAAAAAGUGUUAUCGCUAGUUCUCAGCAGGACAUGUUGAACAAUAUGAGCGCAAUGAUGGACUCAAGAUUGAAUCGUUUACAAUCCAACAUUCAACAGUCUCAGUUUGAUAUUUCCAACGCACAGAUCAACAAAAUAGAGGAAAGUGUAUCAGACAAUUACAAGUUUCAAAGGAAAGGGAAUGAAAACCAGUUUCGACACAGUGUAAAAGUAAUUUCCAAGUUAACGGAGGCCCGUUCCUUGCUGGAUACUCCUGAUGUCAGCCUCUCCAAAGUAGCCGCGGCAAAAGACAAGAUAUCGGAAGCUAUAGACUUAGUUCAAGAGCGUCAGAAGCUUAUUAAGUUAGCGGAUUCCUCCGACUUAGGAUGGCGUGUAGUGCAGGAAUACGUUACAAAUCCUAUAGCAGACGAUUCUGAGGACGAGAAACGUAUGAAUAGGGCCCAAUCUAGAGCUGAAAGAAAAUCUAAAGCGGAAAAGGCAAAAAAGCGUCCAAGACCAGUUCCAUAUAACAAAGAUAGGAGCUCUGAAGACAAGAACUCAAACUACAAGCCUGGUAGAUGUUUCACUUGUGGAAACAGAGGCCAUUGGAGUGAUAAUUGUCCACAAAAUAAGAAGUCAAAGAUAAGUACAUUCAAUUUAUUACAUUUAAAUAACGAUUUGUUAUCAUCUGAAUCAAAGAUAAAUAAUGUUAGUUUUGAACAUACAUGUAAUAUUUUACCUUCUGUCUCAAUAACGAGCAAGUACGAUAUACAAAACAAGAAUGUAACGACUGAACAGUUGUCAUCUGAUACUGUUUUAUACUUACCUGGCACACCUGUAGGUAGAUAG